ACAAGAAGUUUAUUUAUAGGAGGGAAUUAUGGGAGUAUAGUAAAGUUAACACGUAUUACAUUGUUGAGUUAUUCAUUAAAAUCAGAAAUCAUGACAGAUUGAUUGGAUUAGUGUAAUAUAUGAAGAAUUACGGUGUAUAACGUAUUUUGUUGAGAAAUUAUAACAGGGUUAAGACGCUAGAGGAUAAGACUGAGCGGGCACAAUGGCUAAAGUAGACGGUCGUUCAACUAUAACUGAAAUUGACAUCGUUUGUACCCCUUGUUUUGAGGAUGAUAUUCGAGAACAAGCUGUGAAAUAUUGUCCUGAAUGUCUGGAGUUUUUGUGUACAGGAUGCACUCGACACCAUGGAAGACAGAGGAUAAGCCGUUCCCAUAAGCUUGUAGACAAGAACGAGGCAAAACAAGGGUCACAUGUGAUCGUGAAAGCAAAAUGUUUAUAUCACUUAGAUCGUGAGAUAGAGAUGUAUUGUGAGGAACAUGACAUGGUCUAUUGUUUAAAGUGUAUUGCUACAGAUCAUAGGUCCUGUAAGGGAGUGACAGGUUUAGACGACUUAUCAGUUUCUACUGAUCAGGAAAGAGAAACAGAACGUUUAAAGGCUGACAUUAUGAACAUCCAAGAAUGUUUAGAAAAUACUGAUAAGAAAACGAAAACGAACCUGCAAUGCAUAGAGGAACAAAGAAAUGACGUCGUUUCGCAAAUAGAGGGACUUGCGCGCGGUUUGGUAGAACAUAUCCAGAAGUUGGAGCGUGAAGCGUUGGAAGGUCUAGAUGCGGUAUAUUCUUUGGUCAAAGGAGAACUGGAGACAGAUAUUUCUAAUUUAAGCAAAGCUAAACAAGAAAUUGAGCAGGUAAGAAGUCAACUAAAAGACUUGGAUAGCCUGGAUAAAAUACAGUUUGUCCAAACAAAACUGACACAACAAACAUUAAACGAUGCAGUAACAGUAUUUGGACAACAUGAAUCUAAGGGCAUUCAAUCAUUGUAUUUGAAGGAAAAUACAGAAUUAAAGUCCUCUGUCAGUUCAUCAACAUUUUUAGGGUCUGUACAAAAGAUAUCAGAAAACAAAAGACUGCCGACAUCAAGGACGUAUAAAGUACGUUCACAGAAGGAGGAAAAUAUCCGCAUGAAAAACGACAAGGACGAUCCCUACAUUUGUGAUGUAUGUCAGCUUCCAGACGGUACAAUCAUAUUGGCUGAUCACUAUAAUAAGAGGAUAAAGAGACUUGAUGUGAAUUAUAACAUUAAAGAUUGUUUUGAUCUAGGAUCAUAUACUACAGGUAUCUGUUGUACUGGUAAUACUGAGGUCGCUGUGAAACUGAACAACAACAAAGUUAGGUUUAUAUCGGUAGGGAGCAUAUUAUCUAAGGUGAGAGAUAUAUCUGUUACAAGUGGAGGUUACAGGGGAAUGGCAUAUUGUGCUGGAGAGUUGUGGGUAUCUGCUGAGAGAGGUGUAAAUGUAUACAGUAUGACAGGUACAAUAUUAAAUUCUAUCGGUAGUGAUGUGAAUGGUCAACGCAUAUUUACAUCUAUACAACAAAUGACCGUCAGCAGAGAAAAUGUUUGUGUAGCAGACCCAAGUGAUGGUGUUGUCUGUUUGACAAGAGAUGGAACGGUGAAAAGGAAACUGAGAGAUAAAAGGCUUGCUGACACACGUGGUGUAUGUGUAUCCAAUGACGGAACCGUGUUUAUUUCUGGAUGUGGCUCAAACAACAUCAUGAUGUUUGAUAGCGAAGGGAAAUGCCUCGGAGAAUUAGUUUCUAAAGAUUCCGGUUUAGUAAGCCCAUUAUCAUUAUUGUUCGAUGACAAGAGAAACUGUUUAGUUGUUGCAUGCUAUCCUGACAAAAUGAUAGUUUAUUAUAUCUGAUAAUAUAUAGUGUUUUUGUUGUUGUUAUAUUGUACAUAGAUUUAAAAUGCUACAUGUGGAGACAAAGAGUUACAGUUAUAUGAUCAAACAUAUCAUAUUUAACAGUCGGCCUCUGCAUACAUUUACCUUCCCUUUUAAUGUAUGAUGAUUACUCAAUACUUAAUGUCUUAAAUUACUGAUAUUCAAUCAAUAUCAUAUGUAGAGCUUUGCUAUGCAGUCUAGCUGUUGGUUUUGUUGUCCAAUUUAUGUCAUUUAUUUAUUGGUUAUAAAGACAUGGGCUGUGUGUUUCUGUACAUACAUAUAUGCUAUAAAAAUCAUGUUAAUUGGUCAGUGUGUCAACAUAUCAUUUGCCAAAUAAAUCUAUUUAUCACUGUUUGUCAAUAUUUAAGAUAAUUUUUUUUCGUUCUCAGAAAUCUUGUAGUUGUGUUCCGCUAUGACACUAAAUACAAAAUUAUCAAUACAUCAAUAAGGCAUCAAGUUUGUUCGUAUUGGGGCUAAACUCAUUUAUAAAUAAUGCCCUUUUCAUAAACGCUCUUAUACUUUAACUUCUCUCUUUGUGUUAAAAUUUUAUUAAUAGGACAUUAUACUAUUUAAUAUUGUUGUUCACAGCAGCACUAAGUAAAACUCAUUUUUGUAAACAAAAAAUAAAUUUGGUUUACCAUAUUGUGCAAUAAAAAGUUAUUGUGCUAAAAGCCCAUUCGCAUAACAUAAUAGCCGAGAUGUUGCAAUUGCUAAAAAUCCUACAAAUUUGUAAAUUCAUGCUAUGCUAGUAAAUAAUAUGGUUCCAUAUAUGGAAGUGUCGAUGUAACAUUAAAUUUUGAACCCGUUUAAAAUUGUCCGGAUUGGUCAUUUUUGAACGAAUUUUGAUCAAUUUUCACCUAUCUCCAUUAUUGAAUGACUCAUUCACGUGUGAAAAAAUGACUGAUCCAUUUUUGAUAUGCCAUAAAUGAUCAAAAGAACGAUGCCAAACAUGUAUAUACAGUGUCAUACACAUAAAACGGUAAUAUAUCUGUAUUAUUUUCAGAGUUGUAAGUGAUAAAUAUUGAUACAUCUUAAUUAAAUGACCGAGGAGCUAAUAACAAUUUGCCAAUUCAUCCUGAUUACUGAUAGCUAUACGGUACUGAUGUAGUGAACUUAAUAUUACAUACCAGAAUACUGUAUAUUAAUGGGUUUUUUCGCUGUCAAAGGGAGUCGCCUGCUAUUAUUAAAGGGGCAGGCUUCUACUGUUUAUUAAUGUUUAUUAAUGUUUUAAAGAUAUCACACUAGUUAAAACCAAUCUACCCCUCUUAAAAUGAACACUAUUUAACAGACGUGUUAUAUUUCAAUAUAUUUUCUGUGCUGAUCAGGGGAAGUAACGAGAAGUUUAGUGAAUCAACAACGGUUACUUCCCAUGAUCAGUACCAAAAGGUGAGUAAAAAGGUGCGCGGAGAUUGGUGUAGCAGAUAAGAAAUUGUUGACUUUAGGGUAAACUAAAAAUGUUGAGUAGGAUAAGAAACAUGUGAACAAGAACAACUCUUAUUGCCUAUAGCAUACCUUUAUUGGGUCCAUAUUGCGGGAAUGUAAAAUUAUCGAUUUUUAAAGCUCGGGAAUAUAUUAAUUUAUUAAUGGGUAACAGUAGCUCAUUUUUGUGUCGCCUCUACGGAGUAGUGGCGACAUAUAGGGAUCACUUCUCCGUCGUCAGUCUGUCCGUCUGUCUGUCCGUCCGUCACAAAACUUGUCCGGACUACUCCUCAUAAACUACUUGUGCAAUUUUAUCCAAACUUUACAGGAAUGAUAAGUACCAAGUCUAGUUGUGCAUAUUGUCAGCAUUUUUCCGUUCAAUGAUUUUUGUAAGAGUUACGGCCCUUUAAUGAUUUUAUUUUUAAAGUUUGUCUGGACUACUUCUCUUAUACCACUUAUGCAAUUUCAAUGAAACUUUACAGAAUUGAUCUGUAGCUCAAGUCCUUGCGCAUAUUGCACGGGUUUUUCGGUUGAAUGAUUUUUGGCCGAGUUAUAGCCCUUUGAUAAAAAGGUGUUUUAACUGUGUGUUGCCAGAUACACAAAAGCUUGUCCGGACUACUCCUCAUAAACUACUGGUGAAAUUUUAUCCAAACUUUACAGGAAUGAUCAGUACCAAGUAUAGUUGUGCACUGUCCGUCUGUCACAAAACUUGUCCCAACAUGAAAUUGGCCAUCACGAGGCGACACAUGUGAUCACUGAUCGCUCUUGUUUGGAAAAUGAUUUAUUCAUCCGUCAUUCAUGAAUGUUAUUUCUUGACAGCUAUAUUUUUGUUUGUGAAAUAACUGAUAGAAGUUCAGGUAAUUGAGUCCUUUACUGGUCUUAAAAUAUUGGUUUAUAAUAAAAGAUUAACAUAUGUUCUUAUAGCUUUCUGUGGCAUUCGGGCGAGCGAGAUAUUUAAUAAGUUUUAAACUAAGUUAUGAAAUGUGUAAGAAGCUAAAAGUCAAAAUCAUUUGUUUAUUUUGUAAUUUUACCUCUUCUAAAAAUCUUCAUUAUUUGGUACAUACUCGUAUUGUUACUGUUUAUUAUUUCAGUGCUUACAUGUUAACAUGAUUAUGUAUUAAAUUACA